AUGGUCUUCGCCAUGGAGCGUUCGGGCAGUGUAUGCGAGAUGGCCUUGACCCUGCUCGUCUACAUUGCUCGGAACGAGGAGCUGACUCUCAAAGACAUCGAGAACGGAUUUGACGACAUGUACAGGAACAUGUCGGACAUCUUGCUCGAUGUGCCUGAUGCUGAAGAUAUGGCGCGGAGUUUCGUGGUGGAGGCGAUGAAGCACAAGGUGUUGAGGGAAACGUGGCCUGAUCCAGAAGAGCCAGACGAGUGA